UUACAGAAAAGGUACAGUUUGGCUGUUGGUCCUCCCAAAAAGGUUCCGAAAGUCAAGGGUGUAGAGUCUGCAGCAGUGCAAGCAUUCCUCAGACGGCAAGAAGAAGAAAAAAGAAAAAAAGCACUGGAAGAAAGAAGAAAGAAAGAACAACUCUUGGCUAGACGCAUUGAACUGAAACAUGACAGAAAGGCAAGAGCCAUGGCCUCACGGACAAAGGAUAAUUUUUAUGGUUAUAAUGUCAUUCCUGUUGAAGAGAAGCCUAAAAAGAGGAAGACUUGUGAGAAUGUUGCUCAAGCCUCAGAGGCUGAGUAUGCAACAGAAGAGGAAACUGAGCAGCUUGAAUAUAGUCACACUGAAUCUGAGCAUGAGCAAGAAGAAUAUGAAGAAAAACCAUCCAAAGCUGCAGUGAAACCAAAGGCACCUCCCAAAAGUGCACCAGCACCUCUGAACUUUGCAGAGCUCUUAAGGCUUGCUGAAAAAAAGCAGUAUGAACCGGUGGAAAUAAAACCAGUGAAAAAAGUAGAAGAGAGACCCAGAACAGCAGAAGAAUUGAGAGAAAGGGAGUAUUUGGGACGCAAAAACAAAAGAGUAGAAAUGCACAGGAAAAGCGAGAAGGAGAUUAAGAAUACAGGGAUAUCCAGUUCUUCAAAAAAAGUGACUUCUCAGAAAGAAUCUGUAAAUGCAAAACUUAACAAAAGCUCAGUAGAUAAACAUUCCACACCAAAAAGCAGUCUGACGUCUUCUAUGAGUGGUACUCAUAAGAAAUCCAAACCACCAGCAUUGACCGAGAAACACUCGCGGUCAUUAUCUUCCACCAGAUUUGAUCAAAUGGAAAAAACCUUGCAUAAUGGCUCCUUAAAAAGCUCUUCUGGUAGCAGUCAUGGCAAAUUACCUGUCAAUGGUAUUGGGAAGUCCAGCUCAAGUUCUUAUGUGCCACCCUCAAAGGCAGCAGCCAAUGGGGCUCAAAGGCCUCCAUCUGCUAAAGAAUCCAGCCUGAAAAAGUCUGCCCAUACAAAACCAGGAAACGCUGCAGCCCUUCAGCAUGGAAUCAACUCCAAUGCAAAGCGAUCAGGCAGCAGCUUAGGGAAAGGAGGACCUGGGCAUCCAGGUGGCGGUUCAAGUGCAGGACCUGGGCGAUCAAGCAGCAAUUCUGGUGUGGGACCUGGAAGGCCGGGGAGUGGUUUAAGCCCUGGACCUGGGCGACUGGGCAGCGGCUCUGGCAUGAAACCUGGAAAGUCAGCAGGCAGCUCAAGCACAGGACCUGGGCGACCAGGCAGCAGCUCCGGCACAGGACUUGGGCGACCAGGCAGCAGCUUGGGCACUGGGCCAGGAAGGCCGGGCAUCAGCACAAACACAGGACCUGGGCGACCAGGCAACAGCAUGGGUACAGGACCUGGGCGACCAGGCAGUGGUUUUGGAACAGGACCAGGAAGGCCAGGCAUCAUCGCAAGUACUGGACCUGGACGACCAGGCAGCAGCAUGGGUACAGGACCAGGAAGGCCAGGCAUCAGCCCAAGUGCAGGACUUGGGCGACCAGGCAGUGGCUUGGGUACCACUGUAAAACCGAAGUGUACUGUUGUAUCAGAAACUAUUUCUUCUAAAAACUUUGUCACAAGACCUAGCAAUGGACAGAUAAAUGGCAUGAGAUCUUUUCAAGGACAUAGACCUGUGUUUCAUCCACAAGGUGUUGGGAGACCACCUAUUAGUUACAAGAGACAAAUAGAUGAUGAUGAUGAUGAUGAUGAAUAUGACUCUGAAAUGGAUGAUUUCAUUGAAGAUGAAGGGGAACCCCAAGAAGAAAUAUCAAAACAUAUUCGGGAAAUAUUUGGCUACGACCGGAAAAGAUACAAAGAUGAAAGUGAUUAUGCCUUACGUUAUAUGGAGAGCAGCUGGAGAGAGCAACAGAAAGAAGAAGCUAGGAGCUUGAGACUCGGAGUUCAGGAGGACUUAGAAGAAUUGAGACGGGAAGAAGAAGAAUUAAAACGCAAGAGACAGUCUAAGAAGAUGAGGACACAUUAA